CUUAUUUGUAGCUCCUCCUCGCUAGACGUCCAACAACGAGAAGUAGCACGUGUCCAACGAGGAGGAGCUACAUCGCAGCACUUGCGUGCUUCGCACCACUUGGAAAGACAAUUUGAGGUCAGAUCAGAAGGAUGUCAGGCUUUCUGGAUGGGAUCAGGUGUGGAGAUUGUGAUUGUAAUGUGGACUGGGGUGAGAAGAGAAACACCAUUGCCUCCAUCGCAGCUGGAGUUCUGUUCUUCACAGGCUGGUGGAUCAUCAUUGACGCAGCGAUAAUGUACCCUAAAGAGGAACAGUUUCACCAUGCAUACCACACGUGUGGCGUCAUAGCAACAAUAGCCUUUCUCAUGAUCAAUGCUGUGUCAAAUGGUCAGGUGAGAGGGGACAGCUACAGCGAUGGCUGUUUGGGGCAAACAGGUGCCAGAAUUUGGCUCUUCAUUGGCUUCAUGUUGGCGUUUGGCUCUCUCAUCGCCUCUAUGUGGAUUUUGUUUGGGGGUUUUGUUGUGACUAAACAAAAGGAUCUAUCAGUGUAUCCUGGUAUUGCUGUUUUCUUCCAGAAUGCAUUCAUCUUCUUCGGUGGUCUGGUGUUCAAGUUUGGACGAACUGAAGACCUAUGGCAGUGAUGAUACCUCCCAUCAAAUCCCACAGUCCAUCAACACAUAAUUCCUCUGUACUCUGAUUUAUUGCUGCUUAUUGGCUUUCUCUAUUUUAUUACUCCUUUUUGCUUUCUUUGUCUUAUUUCCUGUGUGGCCAAAGCGAGUGCACAGUGAAAAAGAAAUGCAUCAAGUCCACGCUCUUCUGUCACUCAAGUAUACAAUGAGAUUCCAAUUCUGGAACAUGUCAUUCUAAUGAUUAGAAUCAGACCAGUCAGACUUUUCUUGCAUUGUGUGUACCAAUUUUGAGAAAAUAUGAAUUCCAGCAGUAUAGAUUGACACAUGGUCACAUUUUAACACAUGCUCAACAGAGCUUAUAGUAUGAAUCUUAAUUUAUAACCCAUUAUUACAUUAUCAAUUAGCAAAAUACUGUGAUUUUUUUUUUUUAAUGUUGUCAAUUGCAUGUAAAUCUGACUUUUAUUAAACACAAAAUUUGUGUAAUAUAAAUGCCAAACACAAGUGAGGAUUUGAAAACACCCAUAUUUGCCUGCAUUGUUUAUGAGUCCCAUUUUAUGUAUUUUCUAUACAGGUUUCCCACAAUCAAUACAAUUCAAUUACAUGAAUAGUCCAACCAUUUAUGAUUACCAAAAGUUAUUUUAUAGACAUUGCACUCACAAAGAGCUUUUUAUGGCUGAUAUAUUAUUUUGUGACUAGGAAACUGUACAUUCACUAUUGAAAUUUCUUUAACUUUGAGGGCUUUCCAUGGUCCUGGUUAAAUGUUUUGUGGAGAUUUUUAAAUUCACCCUUUAUGUUUGGUUUGGCAUGUGGGGGCUUAUAAAAAUGUUUUAAGAGAAGCACAAUUUUUAUUAUUUCAGUGGUUGUGGGGGAAUAACUUACGUCGGUCAGAGAAAUAGACCUGUCUUUUAACACAUUUUUUUCUAAGCAUUAUAAGAAUGUAACAUUUUUAUGUAAUCCCUGUAUCUCUUUCUGACAGAAAAUAGCUAAACUUGAUUCAACUGUGGGUUUAAAACAAAUAAAAUGACUGUAA